AUGGCCCCGGUGAAGAAGAUGACCAUACCCCGCCUGGAGCUGUCGGCAGCGACAGUUGCUGUUAAGCUCGCGGUGAUUCACGAUGGAUCGCGUCGCGAUCAGUGGAAACACGUGGUCACAUCUCCCAACCCUGCUGAUGAUGCGUCACGUGGCCUGUCCGCCAGUGAGAUCUUGAGAAGUGAUCGAUGGCUAACAGGGCCUGGUUUCUUGUGGCAAGGCGAAGAUACAUGGCCCAAGUUUCCUGAAGGCUUGAAAGAUCUGGAGGAUGAUGACCCGGAGGUUAGGCGAGAGGAACAGGUGAAUGCCACAUCCGCCGAGGAAGCACCGGGACUGGAUGAGCCCAUACGCCGAUACUCAUCGUGGAACAGCGUGAAGAAGGAUGUGGCGUGGUUGCUGAGGUAG